AUGCCUACAGUCAAGAAGAAGCUCAUCCAAACCACCACCGCCGUCACCCUCGGCUGCGGCAGUUCUUGCCGGACAAUGAAUCUCUCCAAGAUCUUCCACCGAAAACCCAACAAACAUAAACGCAACCGCUACUAUUCCGACGUACACCACCAUGACUCCACCCUUACCACUGCUACAUUAUCACCAACUCCGGUGAAGAGUUCGAAAGCCGUGCAAGGGUUUGGGUGGAUCGGCGGCAACAGCCUGGCUGUAGAGAAAGAUUCCAGCGAUCCAUAUGUUGAUUUCAAGGAAUCCAUGCUGCAGAUGAUAAUGGAGAAGGAGAUAUACGGGAAGGAUGAUCUCCGAGAGCUUCUCAACUGUUUCUUGCAGCUGAAUUCUCCAUAUUACCAUGGAAUCAUCGUCAGAGCUUUUACUGAAAUCUGGAGCAGUCUUCCAAGUUAAUAUAAUUAUAAAUGUGGAUCAAUCCGUCUAGCAGUGUAAUGUGACGAUGCAGACUUUCUUUGAUUAAUUAUGGUAUCUUCUUUGAGUUAUUUUUUAUGGUAUUUUCUAGCUAGUAGUUGUAUAUUUUCUUUUC